CUCUACCUCAGUCGCUCAACACUGUGUCAGUCAGCACAGUCAACUGUUUACUUAAAACCCCUUGUCCCUCCUCUUUUUCUCUCAGGCAUCUGCUUGAACUGCCAAGGGAACACCAAAGGACCCGGCUGUGAGGAAUGCAAGUAUAAUUUCUACCGGAGGCCCGACGCUGCCCUUACUGAAGUCUGCGUCCCCUGCCCCUGCUCCAGCGUCACCUCUUCUGGCAGCUGCCACCUUGACCCCAGGGGACAAUCUGUGUGUGACCAGUGUAAGCCAGAGUACCAGGGGCCCCACUGUGACCAGUGCAAGGGUGGCUUCUACAAUGCGGACAGCAUCUGCCUUCCUUGCAACUGCAGCGGGAACGCCGACCCCGGGACCUCGCCCCGCAUCUGCAACCCUGAGACGGGUCACUGCCUGAGCUGCGUCAACAACACGUCGGGGAAACACUGCGAGCGCUGUGCUGAAGGAUACGUGGGUAGUGCCAUCAUCCACAGCUGCAAAGCUAUAGUCACUCCCACCCCUGAGCAGAACACGACAACAACCGCCUCCACCACCACCCUGACCCUGCGCUCCACCACCACUACCCCCUCUAGUGGCCAAACUAUGACUUCCACCUCCAACGCCACCACCACUCAGCUGACCACCACAGCCUCCAGCACCACACCAGGUCUCCUCGCCAACACCACGGCCGCCAUCUCCGAGGUCUCCUGGACCCAGUUCAAUGUCAUCGUCCUCGCGGUGAUCAUUGUGGCAGUGGUGGUGCUGAUGGGCGUGGCGGGCGGUGUCUAUACCUACCGUGAAUACCGCAACCGCAAGCUGAACGCUCCGUUCUGGACCAUCGAGCUUAAGGAGGAUAACAUCAGCAUCAGCAGCUACCACGACAGCCUGCCCAACAUGGGGGACGUGUCGGGCCUGCUGGAGGAAGAGGCCAGCAUGGAGGUGGCGCCCAACGGCCAGCUGGCGCUUAGCAGCCCCAUCAACAUGUACAAGGCGUGAUGAUGGGCCAUGGGCGGGGAUGCUUCUUCUUCUUUGGUGUUUUAACGGCGGUGUGCAAGCUAAUAUUUAUUGGUGUUACCGCAGCCUUCUGGACUAGUGUGAUAAAGACGCAUCCUCCGGGAAACUGUAUUCUGUCCCAUCUCUACCACACCCACCAACCCCACCCGUGGUGGCCACACCCACCAUGAAACUCUGACUGGGGGAGGGAUGUCUCUG